AUGACACUCUGCGAAGGAAUAGAACUCUACAAAUCCAAGCGUCUCCUCUACCGAGCCGCAGAGAACAACGAAGAAGACAAAACCUUCCUCCAACAUGACCUUUUCAAAGACAACGCCUGCCAGCUACUGGGCAGCGCCCGUCUACGACGCCCAGCCCACGCCGGCUCCGCCGAAGAUGCCGUCAAAUCAUUCCAAAGCGUUCUCCUCGGGGUCAUAAUAUGUCUCCGUCCUGACACAGCCACCAACUCAGAAGGACCAGAAUCCCCCGACACACCCGCCCAGAAAAACAAGCCGGUCCCAAUCGGCUUCGUGAGUCUCUCCCAGCAGGGGCCGGAAUUCGCGCAUCAUCGCAGUGCAACAUUGGCGAUAUCGCUUAGGGGCGGUUAUCGUGGUCAGGGGUACGGCGGCGAAGCUAUUAAUUGGGCGUUGGAUUGGGCGUUUGAGCAGGCUGGUUUGCAUAGGGUUGGUCUAACUGCUUUUUCGUUCAAUCAUCGUGCUUUGCAUUUGUAUAAGAAGCUUGGGUUUGUGGAGGAGGGUCGUGAGCGUGAGGCUGUACAGCAUUUCCGUGUUUGGCAUGAUAUUGUCAUACUUGGGAUGUUGGAGAGUGAGUGGGAGAAAUUGAGGGGCUUUACCCCGGAGGCGACAGUGGUAACUCCUUCUUUUUCUUCGGAGCUGGGGAGUGAAUGA